AAUUGUGUUUUAUUUCAUUUUCACAGUUGUUUGCAAAAGAAGGCUCAUGGAAAGUGGAUGAUGCCUUAAAGACCUUUGGGGUCUGACGGCUUUAUUGUUUGCGGCGCGUGUUUGGUGUUAGCCAGCGUUGUCGCGUCACUGUAGUUUUGAUUUAAGAUUUUACAAAGGUAUUGAAAACGUCGUUGCCCUACAUAGCUUAAUAUCCUCACUGGUGUUUCUGAAGUAAAUAACGCAGAACGCUAACGGUAAUACGUGGUUGCUAUGCAGCUAGCUUAGCGUCACUGAGAAGCUGCUGUCGUGCCUGCGAAUAAUGAAUUAGAGGAGUGACAAAUUGAUUCGAGACAAGCACAAGACAUCACUAGGCCUACAAGUCAGCUUAUUAGCCUCACGUUUUAUUGGUCUUGGUCUUCCAAAGUCUCUUAUUUUAUCAUUAAUAUUGUUAUUGUUGUGUGUAAACUAGAGGAACUCUCGUGUACAGGAAAAUGACAGUAAUUCUUAAAUUAGUUCUAUGUACUGAAUGUCAAAUAGGUUGCCUCCAUUUUCAAAAGAUAUACUGUCUCAAAUUGCGACCUGUAAUUGAACAGUCAAGCGAUAUGGCUUUUAGUUCUGUAUUAUCAUUCCACUUGUAAAUCCCUUGGUGUCAUGCUUAGCUCGUCGUCGUUCGAAAUACGUACAAAAAUAGCUGUGUUCGCUCCAGCACCACAUUCACCUCUUUGGCUGGAAGCGACCAUCCAGUUGAAAUGAGUUGGACGUCUGUUGCCGUUGAUGUGUGUUUUCAACAGAGGUGGGCAGAGUAGCCAAAAGUUUUACUCAAGUGAGAGUAACGUUACUUCAAAAUAAUGCCACUUAAGUAAAAAUAGUCAACCAAAAAAUGUACUCAAGUGCUAGUAAAAAAGUAUUUGGUGAAAAGAAUACUCAGAGUAACAUUAUGAGUAACUGCUUACGAUCAACAAUGUUUUUUUUUUCUCAGCACAAAGUUAUCAAUAUUAACUGACAUUAUUAUACUUUGAAGAAGACUAUAACCUACUAUAUAACUGCAUUAAGCCAAAUAAAUAAAAAUAAAUAAAUAAACCAUUGAAUGGCAAACCGCAACCAACACGUGACUUUUGCUCAUUAAUAUUCAUGACGUUAGCAAUUGUUGCUUGGCGGGUCAACUUCCCGUUUGUCCCUAAUGGUAAAUUCAUCGGAAUGGUGUACGAACGAGAUGUUAACUGAGCUAAACCUACCAAUUCUGUCCAAAAAUGAUGUCCCUGGUGCCAAAUUCACUGGUAAAGAUUUGGAAGAACAUACAAAUGUUCAGUUAGAGAUGGCUUGAGUGUCGAGGGCUGAAAAACACGAGCUGACCAGAUCCAGAGUUAGCUUUUUUAUCGACACCGUUUUCUUGUGUGCAUUGCCUUACGCCACUGACAAUGACAUUCUCCUGUUUCAACAAUCUUUUACCACCAUAUGCCCUGUCUUUCUUAUAUAUUAUAUCCUCUUGUUGUCUUGCGUCUCUGACCGUUCUUGGGGAUAAUUUAUACUGCUAUUUUUGUGUAGCGAUCGCAAAUGCUACUCAGUGACAGCCAACAAACACUUUUAAUUUUUUCAUUAAUAACAAAUCUUAAUUCUAUAAUUACACUUCCCCCUUACUAAACUUUUUUUUUUUUUUAAACAACAGAAAAGGUAACGGCGGCAGUCGAAUACCAUUUUAAUUUUUUCAGGUCAUUCAUUGUCAGACAGAAGCAGCACGGCAAAACGCCACGUUAGAAAAUAAGUAAAAAUAUUAAAAUGGCUAACCUCUUCGUCCUUUGUAGGACCAUGGCCCCCAACAAAAUGUUUACUGCAUAUGAAAUGUGAAUGGCUUCACCUUGUUGGCGUUAAUUUGGUCUUUUGGAAGUCUGCGCAAGUUGAUCCAUUCGUCAAAUUUUUUUCCUCCGACUUUUUGGUUUCGGGAAACGUAUGAUGAAAACACCCUUCAUAUGUCGUAAUAUCUAGUCGUUUCUACAAGUUCCAUAGCAGCAGUGUUUGAUCGGCAUGUUGUUUUUUGAAAGAUUACCGGAGAAAACGAGCAGAAAUAACAUGGAUUGUAUGCGAGGGCGUGUCUAUAAUGACCCACUUCCGCGUUACGAUGGAGACAUCAUGGUCUAAAAAUAGCAUUCGUGUGGUACGCUAUUCCGGUGAGAGAGAAAAAUUGUAGCAAUGAAGCAUCAUUCGUCCAAAGCAACUGGGAGCACCACGGUUAAAAAAAAAAAAAAAAAAAGUAAAAUAUAAUCGAUAAAAUAAAGAGGAAAAUUUUAAUUGGUAGUGUAGCUCAAAGUACCGGAGUAAGAGUAGCAUUUCUUCUUCACAAAUCUACUCAAGUAAAAUUAAAAAGUAUGGUUUAGUAAAACUACUCUAAGAAGUACGUUUUUCUCAAAAUGUUACUCAAGUAAAUGUAACUGAGUAAAUGUAACGCGUUACUACCUGCCUCUGAUUUUUAAUAUCAAUUUCUUUUACUAAAUUUAAAAACAUAUGCUCUGUGAAUUUGUUCGGGCAGCGAAUGAGUUAAAUGGUUUACAUUUACAUUUUCUACAUUUGUGACUGCUGCAAAGCCAUUGCUCAUUUAUUGAGACUGUUUGAAAACAGAAUUCAUGAAAAAAAUGCAAACUCAUUGCCAUUAUCUUACCUCAUCGAGUUGUUAACUAGUUAGAUGCCACUGUCGGCGAUAGACGUCCAAUUCAAUUGAAUUGUGACGGUUGACAGCGAAUGAAAGAAAGAAUGGCCAUUUGCUGCCAUCCGUCGCAUUUCAAGUGGUUUGGAUGUCUAUUAGUGAUAGAGAUGGGUAGAGUAGCCAAAAACUUUCCUUAAGUAAGAGUAGCGUUACUUCAAAAAAAUACUACUCAAAAGUAGUCGUCCAAAAAAAUGUACUCAAGUACAAAUAAAAAAGUAUUUGGUAAAAAGAAUACUCAAGUAAUGAGUAACAUUGUGAGUAACUGCUUAUAUUGUUGUUGAUUUUUUUUUUUUUUUUCCCUGAACACAAAGUUAUCUAUACAGACUGUUGUUACAAUGAAACUACUAUAACCCAUGACAUAACAACAUUAAAUACAAAAAAAAAAUAAAAUCAUUGAAAUCUGACGAGAGAGGAAAAAAUUACAUAAAUUAAGCAUUUUUCAUCCAAAGAGCAUGACUGCCCUCUGGUGGAGAAAAUAGUUCCGAGUUUGAAUUAAUCGAUUAACUUUAAUAUUCGAUUAGAAAAAAAAUAUUCUAAUUCAAUUUUUCUGCUUCGAGUAUUCGUAUAAUUAAAGUGGCGUUGUAAUGGUUUAUUUUGAAAGUGCUUGCAUUUAGUUUUAUUGAUUUGAGUGUAUACAAUGCCCUCUACUCUGCCUCAUUUCACAUGGUUGAAUCCAGCUGCUCCCUGUUAAGACCAACAUAAGCCAAGUUUUUGUUUGAGCUAAUGUAUUUUAAUGCAUUCAUAAUUUAGUUUAUAGUUAGCCUUUUUUUUGUGGAAAUAUAUGUCUGAACUAUUUGUUAAGAGCAUUGUUAAAUAAAUAAAAAAGUUAGGAAUUAUGCUAUGUAAGUUAGCCAGUUGUUCCUUUGUUGUACUACCCACCUCUGAUUAGUGACAAAUUUAUUGAACAAAUUACAAUGGAAGGAUUAAAAGAGCCACAUGAUUGCACGCCUGUAAUCGUCAAUGGCACUGAAAGAGUUGAAUGGUCCCUUUCCAAAUUUACUUAAAUCUAAUUAAGUAAGGCUCAACAUUGAAAUUUUCCAGUUGUAGUGCAUGAUUUUCCCCCACUCUGUUUUGAGUAAGUACAGUUCGUGCAAGAUGCAAAGUACUGUUUUUGGACUAGAAGCCGCUACUUCUCUCACCCUUUAAACCCUGUGGUUGUAAUAAUGAAGCUGCUAAUUCAUGGCAAACUAGCUUCAUGGUUUCUUGAUGAAAGGCAAGCAUUUAAUUCAUUAAUUCUACCUUUUUUUUUUUCAUUAUAAAGAGACGAUGAGAAAAAGGAAAACAAGUUUAACCUUUUAUAGGGCACUCAUUGAACUUGUUGACUGCCAUAGACGCCCCUAGACCUUCAAUCCAUUUUUCCAAAAUAAAUUGGACGUCUUGCACUGUCAGUUGAACUGAAAGAAAACUGUUAUAAUAAUUUAAUUUCAAAAUUCGUGAGGACAAAGCGGCAUGGAAAAUGAAUGAAUUUUAAAAUAACAACUAUAACUGAGGUAUGUGUACGACCUUUUUGGGGUCAUUUAGGCCACAGUGUAUACCAAAUAUUGAUAUUGUGGGCAAAUGAUCCAAACUGUAAUGUCCUGUAUGGUGAUGCCAGGUUUUUAGGAGUUUGUGUUUUUAUUUUUUCAUUCAUUACCAAAAUGUCAUUUGCCCUAUAAAGGAUUUAAAAACAUUGAACAAAACUAGCUUAAAUUUCUGUCUUAAAUAUGUUUUUCCCUCCCCUAUUUGUCUGGUCAGACCCUAAAUAUAAAUAACUUUACAAGGAAACAAAGUCUUUCUCAUAGAAUCAUCUGUUAUAUAGUUGUUUGCUAGAUUUCUUUUUUGGCAAAAAUCAACAACAACAAAAAACAUUUUUUUAUUAUCCGCAAUAAAAAAAAAAAUCCUUGCUAAAAAAAAGUGCGUUGUUCAAUGAACCUUUAGCAAUAGCAUUGCCGAGUAUACAUUUGUCAGAAGGCGUAGUAUUUAGAGAUAAAUGCUAAUCUGUUGUCAAUAGAUACAGUGGGGCAAAUAAGUAUUUAGUCAACCACUAAUUGUGCAAGUUCUCCCACUUGAAAAUAUUAGAGAAGCCUGUAAUUGUCAACAUGGGUAAACCUCAACCAUGAGAGACAGAAUGUGGAAAAAAAGAAAAUAACAUUGUUUGAUUUUUAAAGAAUUUAUUUGCAAAUCAUGGUGGAAAAUAAGUAUUUGGUCAAUACCAAAAAUUGCUCUCAACACUUUGUUAUGUACCCUAUGUUGGCAUUAAACGGAGGCCAAACAUUUUCUAUAACUCUUCACAAGCUUUUCACACAGUGUUGCUGGUAUUUUGGUCCAUUCCUCCAGGCAGAUCUCCUCUAGAGCAGUGAUGUUUUGGGGCUGUCGUUGGGCAACACGGACUUUCAACUGACUGACUGACUAGGCCACUCCAGGACCGUGAAAUGCUUCUUACAAAGCCACUCCUUUGUUGCCCUGGCUGUGUGUUUGGGAUCAUUGUCAUGCUGAAAGACCCACCAGCCACGUCUCAUCUUCAAUGCCUUUGCUGAUGGAAGGAGAUUUUCACUCAAAAUCUCUUGAUACAUGGCCUCAUUCAUUCUUUCCUUUACACGGAUCAGUCGUCCUGGUCCCUUUGCAGAUAAACACCCCCAAAGCAUGAUGUUUCCACCCCCAUGCUUCACAGUGGGUAUGGUGUUCUUCGGUUGCAAUUCAGUAUUCUUUCUCCUCCAAACACGAGAACCUGUGUUUCUACCAAAAAGUUCUAUUUUGGUUUCAUCUGACCAUAACAAAUUCUCCCAGUCCUCUUCUGGAUCAUCCAAAUGCUCUCUAGCGAACAGCAGACGGGCCUGGACGUGUACUUUCUUCAGCAGGGGGACACGUCUGGCAGUGCAGGAUUUGAGUCCCUGGUGGCGCAUUGUGUUACUGAUAGUAGUCUUUGUUACUGUGGUCCCAGCUCUCUGUAGGUCAUUCACUAGGUCCCCCCGUGUGGUUCUGGGAUUUUUGCUCACCAUUCUUCUUAUCAUUUUGACGCCACGGGGGGAGACCUUGCAUGGGGCCCCAGAUCGAGGGCGAUUAUCAGUGGUCUUGUGUGUCUUCCAUUUUCUAAUAAUAAUUGCUCCCACAGUUGAUUUCUUAACAUCAAGCGUUUUAUCUAUUGCAGAUUCAGUCUUCCCAAUCUGGUGCAGGUCUACAAUUUUGUCUCUGGUGUCCUUCGACAGCUCUUUGGUCUUGGCCAUAGUGGAGUUUGGAGUGUGACUGACUGAUUUGUGGACAGGAAGGGCUCAGCGCAGCGUGGGUGCCUAGGGAUCCUCUGCCUGAGUGUGUGGAGAGUAACGGCCAAAACCCCAGCGACAUGAACCACACCAAGGGCGGCCUGGUUAUCUUCACCGCCAACUCACACCCGUCCAGCCGUGAGUUAGGCAAGAGGAUUGCAGAGCGUUUAGGGGUGGAACUUGGCAAGGUGCAGGUAUACCAGGAAGCCAACAGAGAAACGCGUGUACAAAUCCAAGAAUCUGUGCGAGGGAAGGAUGUCUUUGUGAUUCAGACCGUGUCCAAAGAUGUGAACACAACCAUAAUGGAGAUGCUUAUCUUAGUGUAUGCGUGCAGGACAUCUUGUGCAAAAAGCAUCACGGGUGUCCUCCCCUACUUCCCUUACAGUAAACAGUGUAAGAUGAGAAAAAGGGGCUCUAUUGUCUCCAAGCUUAUUGCCUCGAUGAUGUGUAAAGCUGGUCUCACACACCUGAUCACCAUGGACCUUCACCAGAAGGAGAUACAAGGCUUUUUCAACAUCCCGGUGGAUAACCUGAGAGCGUCACCGUUCUUGUUGCAGUACAUCCAAGAAGAGAUCCCUGACUAUAGGAAUGCAGUGAUUGUGGCCAAAUCACCAGCUUCUGCUAAAAGAGCCCAGUCGUUUGCAGAGCGCCUGCGUCUUGGUAUUGCGGUGAUCCACGGUGAAGCUCAGGAUGCCGAAUCUGACCAGGUGGACGGGCGACACUCGCCGCCUACUGUCAAAACCACGGGAGCCAUUCAUCCAAGCAUGGAAAUACCACUGUUGAUUCCCAAGGAGAAACCCCCCAUCACUGUGGUAGGAGAUGUAGGAGGCCGCAUUGCCAUCAUAGUGGAUGACAUCAUCGACGAUGUUGACAGUUUUGUGGCGGCGGCUGAAACAUUGAAGGAACGAGGGGCUUACAAGAUAUUCAUCAUGGCCACCCACGGCAUCCUCUCCUGCGACGCCCCCAGAUUUAUCGAGGAGUCGUCCAUCGAUGAGGUGGUAGUGACCAACACGAUCCCUCACGAACUGCAGAAGCUCCAAUGUCCGAAGAUCAAGACUGUGGACAUCAGCAUGAUCCUGUCGGAGGCCAUCAGACGUAUCCACAACGGAGAGUCCAUGUCCUAUCUUUUUCGCAACAUAGGAGUGGAUGAUUGAACACGCUUCUGUGCGAUUUGCCUUGCCACACCUCAAAGCGUGCGCUGUAUACCCGUACGCACAUACAGUGACGACCUCCAUGUAUUUUUAGUCAUGUAGAAGAAACCUUGUCCUUGCUGUUUAUACUAAUCACAAUGUUAGAACCUGAAAUGCACUAUGAUAGGCUCCCAGUAAAUUUUCCCUUCUCAAAAUGUUUGAAAAGCGGCAAAAUUGCUAAUAUGAUCUUAAUUUACAAAUAGACUGCUAGAACUAAGUAUUUAAACAAUCCUUUUUAUCAUGUUAUUCGGUUUGACAUCAUGAGGCCCGGAUGACACUUGGCAAUUGAGCAGCGGUACUAGACCUGAGCAUUAUGAUCUUAAAAUAAAAUCAGACUUCACCCCAAAUCAGUUUUCCCCCUGGAGAAAGCUCAAAAACAAAGUGUAACCCUACCACUCAUUGGCGGCCAUUGACGGCGCCUGAUGUCCAAUUUAUUUUGACUGGGAGGGGCAAAUGAAUGAAUGUCAAUGGCACUGAAAGAUUACAUACACGGUGAGUCCUCCUAGUUUAAAGGGAUCCACGGAUAGAAAGACAUGUAGUUCUUAAAAGAUAAACGUUAUUAUGAGUUAAAAUAAUUUGAUAUUGAAACCCCUCUUGAUGUUUUUGUUUUUAUACAAUUUGUAAAAUUAGUUUAACUAUUAGGUCGACGUCACAGGGCGGUGACGUUACAUGUUUACGCGCUUCUAGAGUAUGACUCUAGUGACAUAAACAUGUCGCCUGUUCAACCCUUUAAAUUUGAACCCGAGAGGAACAUUAAUGGGCAUGACAGCACUAUUUCACGAAACAAGCAGCAAAAGCAAAAUGAACAGGAAAGACGGGAUGAGACGAGAUGAGAGUAGGGGGAAAAAAAUAACUCUGUUCUGCCAAAAUGUGCUACACCAGCGAAACGUGCUACAAGUGGCGAAUUUGAUACCCAAAGUACUACUGUGCGCUUUAAGCUUGUUUUGUUUAGAUGCAUACAGACAGAACAUACUAAAGAUGCCCUAAGAAAAUACUUAAGCAUAGUAAUAUCAAAUAAGGGUGGUUUGAAUAUGCUACUUGAUCAAUAUGGUCAGCAGAUCAACAAUCUGCUUUAAAGCUACCACAAAACAAUACUUAAAAGUAUGAGAGGGAAAUGCAUGCAAAAAGUAUUUUGAUGCAAUGAAAAGGUAAUAAAAUAUUCAGUAAAAACACAAAUAGUAAGUACUCGCCGCUUUUAACUGAUGAGUAUGUGUUGGACGUCUCACCGCGUAGAAGGAAUGGCGUACUGCACGUAACACGUCACCUUUGCUUAUUAAUAUUCAUGACGUUAGCAACUGUUGCUAGAGGCAGGGUCAACCUGGCGUUUGUCCCUCAUGCUAUAUGCAUGUAAAUAUUGUACGAACGAGAUGUUUACUGAGCUAAACCUACCAAUUCUGUCCGAAAACGAUGUCCCUGGUGCCAAAUUCACCGGUAAGGAUGUGGUAGAACAUACAAAUGUUCAGUUAAAGAGAUUGCUUGAGUGUGGAGGGCUAAAAAAAGACCCGACCUGAUCCCGAGGUAGCUUUUCUUAUCGACGCGUUUAUCUUGUGUGCAUUGCCUUACGCCACUGACAAUGACAUUGUUUCAACAAGCUAUUCUUUACCAGCAUAUGCACUGUCUUUCUUAUAUAUUAUAUCCUCUGGUUGUCUUUUGUCUAUGACCGUUCAUGGGGGUAAUUUAUAUUGCUAUUUUUGUGUAGCGAUCGCAAAUGCAACUCUGUGUCAACAAACGAACAAUUUUCAUUUUUUUCACCAAUAAGAAAUCUUAAUUCUGUUUAUUUACACUUCCUCCUUAAUAAGGAGGUUUAUUUCCAACAGAACAGGUAAAGCUGUUAAAUCUGAGCCUGUAGGCAUCAACAGGCUUACUACAAAAAGACCAAGGCCAAACAUAGCUAAUUUAUUCAAAUAUCCGUAUUUUAGAAAGAUUGGCCUACAUGACUGUUGUGAUGUAUAUAUAUAUAUAUUUUUUUUAAUCUUCAGGUCAUUCAUUGUCAGACAGAAGCAGCACGGCAAAACCCUACACUGAAAAAAUAAGUAAAAAUAUCAAAAUUGCCUACCUCUUUGGGACAGGCUGUGGCAGGCAAUGGAUCAGGAUUGUCAUCUGUUGGACCAUGGCCCCCAACAAAAUGUUUACUGCGUAUAAAGGUGAAUGGCUUCACCUUGCUGGUGUUAAACUGGUCUUUUGGACGUCCACAUGAGUUGAUCCAUUGUUCACAUUUUUUUCCUUCCGAGUUUUUGGCUUCGGAAAAGAAAACAUCCUUCAUAUGUAGACUGUGGUAAUGUCUAGAGUCAUUUCUAUGAGUUGCAUAGCAGCAGUGUUUAUUCGGCAUGUUCUGUUUUUGAAAGAUUACCUGCAGAAAACAAGCAGAAAUAACAUGGGUUGUAUCAUUGUAUGCGAGUGCGCUUCUAUGUUGAACCCCUUCCAGUUUACAACGGUUAUGUCACGCAGCCUAGCGGUCUAAAAAUAGCAUUCGUACGGUACGCUGCUGCUGUAACCCUGUAGUAUUCGUCGAGUACCAGUGACAAUCUACGUCAUCACCCCGAGCAUCCAUUGCACGCUUAAAACGUGGCGCCCUACGUAGGUCAAAACAUGUACUAAAUAUGAUAGAUUUUAAAAUCAAUGGCAAUAUAUUAUGCGUUUCUAAUAACAUAUUUUAAUAAAAGAGAACAAUUGUGGCUUAUUAGAGACUACAAGUCUUUAAGUCUGAGGUCCCCUUUAAUAGAAUUGGACCUCUGUGUCCUUGUCAAUGGCAGGCAAUAUGUGAUUUUAAAAAAAAAAUUUUUUUUUUUAACUUUUUAAUCAAUAUAUAAUUAUUCAUAAAGAAAUGUAUAUAAUUUAAGUUGAGGUCGUUACAUAUGUGGACAUCACUUUUUGGGGUCAUCUUGGCUGUACUUGUAUAGACCAAACGGUGAUAUCCUGGCCUACAUGACCCAAAGUGUAUCAUCCACAUAUGUGAACAACAGGAAUUUAUAGGGUACUUUUUUUUUUUUUUUUUUUUUUUUUUU